UUCUUCCUCUGUUUCUCUUCCUAGCACCCUCUACACCCUAUGUCUCUCUCUCUCUCUCUCCACCCACAGAAAAAGGGUGCAUUUGUACUUUCGAAAUGGAUAUUUUUUACAGGACAAGGAGUGUAAAGUCUUCAACUUUCCGACAAGGAAAAAAGCAGCUCUGGGUAACUAAGGAGCUUUCAUCAACAAGUGGUGGGAGGAUGAGGAACAGACCGCUCAUUAGGGGAAGAACAGGAGGACUGGGAACUCAUGAAUGGGUCAUAUACAGCCUAAUAUUCCUCAUACUUGGUCAUUUUCUCUAUCCAGGUCAUACAAGAGAGUUGAACCAUGAGAAAAAGAAAUUCAAUUCCCCAGUUUCCACCACUCAAAGGGAUAUUACCACCCCUAUAACAACCGUUCCCACAAUAAUUCUUUCCAAUCCGACUGCAUCAACUCCACUUAUCAAUCCAACUUCAACCUCGGACUCGUAUUCUCCAGCCAUGGAAACUCCCAAAAAAUCAUCUCCACCGUCAUCGGGGGGUAGUUGGUGCAUUGCUAGUCAAAGUGUAUCACAAACGGCAUUGCAAGUUGCUAUUGAUUACGCAUGUGGCUAUGGGGGUGCUGAUUGUUCAGCAAUACAACCUGGUCAGAGUUGUUACAACCCAAACACCAUUCAUGAUCAUGCCUCCUACGCCUUCAAUAGCUACUAUCAAAAGAAUCCUGUUCCAAAUAGCUGUAACUUUGGUGGGACUGCUGUCAUUACUAGCACUGACCCAAGUACUAUGGCCUGUCAGUAUGCAUCCACUAGCACAAGUUCAUCAAUUCUAAACACCACGAACUCCAAGGGUUCAACAGUUUUUGGUGCUGUACCUUCAAGCCCCUCUCCUUCCGCAGCACAUUGUCAAGAAAUAAAUGUUUUGCAACAAUUAUUGUUGUUGACCGUGGCUUUCUCUCAGAUUUUUACACAACAACAACGAUCUUCCUAGCUGAUGGAAACAACAAAACCAACUCAUUGGUUACAAAUGUUUGCAUUUACUUCAACCAAUUAAAAUAUCUUGAAUGAACUGCAGAGGAUGGAUUCAUAAACAGGCUCUUCUGGGGUCAUUUUUUCUAGUCUGUUUGCUCAUCAGUUUGUAGUGAAGAGUAAAGCAAUUUUAGUGAAAGCAAUGUAAAGAUUUUCUAUGUUAUGUUGGAUCUAGCACAUGUGCACUUGUCUGUUACAUAAAAAGGAUGAAACCCUUUUUCCUGA